UUAGAUAUGGUGGCCAUUGUAUAAUUGAAAAGCUGUGGUAUUGGUGGGGACAAGUUGAAACAAGUCAAAUUACGCAGAUGAACUUCUCAAAUCUUUCCCGCCACCAACCUCCAUCUUCCUCUCAUCUCUCUUUCUCUCUCCAAUCUUCUGUUUUUUGUUCAAAUAUAAGGACACUAAUCACAUUCUUAAUGCCAAACUAAACUCAUAAACGAAACCAAAUGCCCAUUAUUGUCAUUGAUGAUUCUUUCAAGAGACCAGGAACUGUGCCUUUCAGCUGGGAGAUCCGACCCGGUGUACCCAAGACCCCACCCGGAAACACACCUCCUCUCCAACUCCAACCUCCCAAUUACCUCUCUCCUCUCCGUUUAAAACCAUUGUCUCACUCUCAACCAUUUCUCCCGCCGGAGCUUUCUCCGCCGUCGUCUUCUUUCAUCUCCAAAUCCAAGAGCCGUUCUUUAUCUCCUCUCGCUCCUUCCUUCUCUACUCCAUCAAAGCUCAAACCGCCACCACCGUCGCACUCUGGUUUCUACUCUUCGGGACCUUCUUUCCGUUCUUCCCCGCGUGCUUUCUCGGAGCGUUGGCAGUUAAACCGUUCUCGAUCCGAGUCCCAUCCCAGACCGGACUUUGCUUUUGCCGGAUUCGGGUGUUUCCCGACACCUAAGUUCAGGUUUAGAAAGAACAAGAGCGGUGGUGGUCUGAGAAAAGCCAUGUCGAGGUUGGAGCGUGGUUACUGCUCUGAUAUGGAGACGUUGUCGCCGAGGACUGUUUCUAGCCGGAGAUCAGUUUCUCUGAGAUGGGACUCGCCAUCGUCGUCGUUCUCUUCGCUCUGAUUCUCGCCACGACUCGCUGACGAAGCUGAAUGGGGCGGGUUUGGGCUAUUUUGAGCAUAUAUUAAUUAAAUGGGCCGAGAUUAGUUCAUUAGCCAUCCGAUUCUGAACCAGCAAAAGUCUAAUCAAAUUUGGUCUAGAAUGUAAUAUUCUAAAAUGUAGGGUCCUAAAACGUAGGGGCAGGCACUUUACCUGUUAUCCGAAGCCGUACCUGAACCCGAUCCAAAAAACCAGAACCAAAAUCCGAACCGAAAUAGCAAAAUAUUCGAACGGGUAUUAAAUUAGGAGAGAUUGGAUAUACGAACCCGAACGGGUAAUAUUCGAACCCGAAUGGAUAUCCGAAGAUAACCGAUCAUAUGUAUAAUUAACCAUAUAUUUCUAGUUUACAUAUCUCAUUUUAUAUAAAAUAUUUAUAUUGAUACUACACAUACUUUAAAUUCAUAUGAUAUACGUAGAAUUACAGAGAAAAUGAUUU